GCUUCAUUCUUCACACAAAUGGCGAAUAACAAUCCCGCGUCUCCACACCAAACAGAGGAAAGCACAAUGACCCACUUGGAGUUCUUCAAGAAACUCAAACGCUCCAACCCUCUUGAACCUUCUCUGGGGAUUCUUGGGUUCUUCUUGGUCGUUUUUCUCUUCGUUAGCUGCUUCUCCUACUUGGAUCACCGUACAGUUUACAGUCGGAUUCUGGGGUUGCCGUCAAAGGGGAAUGGACUGCUGGGAUUUCUUGAGGAAGGCGGUAACGGCUGUGACGUGUUUGAUGGGAAUUGGGUUUGGGAUGAGAGCUAUCCGUUGUACGAGUCUCAGAAUUGUAGCCUUUUAGAUGAAGGGUUUAGAUGUUCUGAGAAUGGCCGGCCUGAUAAUUUCUACACCAAGUGGCGUUGGCAGCCCAAAGGUUGCACCUUGCCCAGAUUCGAUGCAGGGAAGAUGUUGGAGAAGCUUCGGAACCGGCGUGUUGUAUUUGUUGGUGAUUCAAUUGGAAGGAACCAAUGGGAGUCUCUUCUCUGUAUGCUCUCCUCUGCGGUUCCUAACAAGACUUCAAUCUAUGAGGUGAAUGGGUUCUUGAUAUUCAAGUUUGAGGACUUCAACUGCACUGUGGAAUACUACAGAGCACCAUUUCUAGUCUUUCAGGGCCACCCUCCUGCUGGCGCUCCAGAAAACGUGAAGAUAACCUUAAGGGUGGAUCAACUGGAAAGGACUUCCAGGCAGUGGAGAGAUGCAGAUGUGCUGAUUCUCAAUGCGGGGCAUUGGUGGAGUUAUGAGAAGACCAUACGAGAUGGUUGCUACUUCCAAGAAGGAGAGGAGGUGAAGAUGAAUAUGACUGUCGAAACAGCAUUUCGUAGAUCGUUAGAUACUGUGAUGGAUUGGAUUGGCAAUGAAGUGAACAUGAGCAAGUCUUAUGUUCUCUUUCGAACUUAUGCUCCCGUGCAUUUCAGUGGCGGUGAUUGGAAUACGGGUGGUGGUUGUCAGUUGGACAACCUACCUGGAUUAAGUUUGUUAUCCAAUUCAUCCGAAAGUGUUUACAAGACUAUCUUUGAUCUCAUAUCAGAGCGUUCAAAUGAGUCACAUGUUAGGAAACUGGAUUUGCUCAAUGUGACGAACAUGUCUCUGUGGAGAAAAGAUGGUCAUGCCUCUCUAUACUAUCAAGGGCCUGAGACUGGACCAGCCUCCGUCCACCUUCAAGACUGCAGCCACUGGUGCCUCCCAGGUGUGCCUGAUUCAUGGAACGAGCUUCUGUAUGCACUCUUCCUUAAACGGGAAUCCAUUCGCGCAUGAAACUCAACAAAAUCUUUGUAGUUUACGUUGUGAAUAGUUAUUAAAAACUUCCUGGAAAAAACCGGAACAUUUUGUUGGCCACAAUCACCGGAAGAUGUCUGGCAUGUAAAGGUAAGAGUUGGGUGGUACUGUUAGCAUCUUCAUUUUUCUCGAGCAUUAGAUGGGUUUUGCUUAACGAGCGGAAAAUUAGAACGAGAGAUUACUGGAGGUUUGCUAUGCUAACAUGUAAAGCUGGGAUUCAUUGGUUGGUGAGAAUUCAAGUCAUUUUGGAGGCUUUUGUUGGAUAAUUUUUUGCAGUAGAUUCGUCAUCUCUGGACCCGAAGUACGGAAGUUGGUUUAGGGAGCAUGCUAAACUUCAAGGAUGCAAGUAGAAAGAGAUGAUGAGGCAAGCUUGAUACUGGUUAUACAUGUACACAUGGUUUUACUUAUAUUCACAGAAUGUAAUUACACAAGUUUUUAUUGCCCUGGAUAUUACAGGGGUUUCGUUGCAUCUAAAGUCAAUGAAAGAGAUUUUACUUCGACUCUAGCGUUAAUUUGAGUCGUGUUCA